AUGGGCCUAGGAAGCAGUGUCGAAGCUUUGCCCUACACUGAUAUCCGUGUGUAUACCGCACCAGUUUGUGAGCCGAUACAGGCGAAAAAUCCGUGCCCAACCAGCAAGGGAAAACGCAUCCCACAGGAAACCAUGACCAAUGGCGCUAUGUUUCAAUCUCAUUACACGGCGAAUGUGUUUCCCAGCGAAACGACAACAGGCAGUACGGUACCGAUGGGGAGUGAGCUUCUCGAGUACGGUACUGCCCACAGCACCAACUGGCAGAGCAUCGAGAUCGCACCAUCAACCACACGCCAGUCACGAUCUCGGCAUCGCCAUCUAAUGGAUUCGCGGCUGAACAACUCCUACGCGGAUAGCGAAGCAAUGAUGAACACUGCGGACGCCUGCAUUAACGAUAUCCGCAGGGUGGAGGAAAACCUGCGCAUGGAAAGCCGCAUGUUGAGUGAAAACAACAACAUCCCGAUGGCGCGCUGUUCAACACCAAGUCCAGCCUAUUGCUUCCACUGUGAUCACGAUCACCGGGAGCGCUGUUGCCUGUACAUCGGUGACACCCCCGAGGAUGGACCGUACUACUCGCGGUGGAAGCGGAACCUGGAAAAUCCCUCCGUUCGGCCUCAGUACAUUCCGAAGAUUCCGGAGGCGGUGUCGGGCAACAGCACACCGUUUUGGUUCCCGGCAUACACGUACACGAAACCCGAAACGAUCAAGCAGAAAAUGAUGGAAAAGCAUCCGCCACCACCGGCGGUUUGGAUGCGACAGUUCUACUACCCCAUCGUUGGCUAUGGUCGCGAGUAUCAGCUGAUGAACCAAGCCACAUUGGAACCACCGACACCCUACCAACAGUACCUUCAGCAACACCAGCAAGAGCUCUACCGAAUGUGCCACCAGCAAUAUCAACCGCCGGUUCAGUACCGAGAACCUGCAGCCUGUCGGCAUGGCCGUAAGUGCGAGGGACUCGGUGUCUCUGGUGUGGCGUACGUCCAGCAGCAGUACCACAACGUGCACAGCCUACCGGUUUCAGCUGGUGAUUAUGGGCAGCAAGUGCAUCCAUCCGCUUACUACUACCCCGGGACGUACUAUAACGGUUAUCAUCAUCUGCCACAACAGCCCUACGCUCCGGCCGGGUAUGCGCCACCCUCGGCUGGCACAGUUCCUGUGUACCAUGAUGGAUACUUGCAUUCGGCGCACUACCCAAUCGGCUAUCCACCAGCGCCGCCGACUCUACCGCCGAGGGAACCAACGCCUCCGUUACCCACCACACCGACCCCGAUGUGGCAGCUGUUCUGUCAGAAGAUUUCCCGGAAGUUUCCCGAUCGGAACAAGAAAGCAUCACCCACCAAGGGCCGUUCACCGAGCAAGAACUUUCGGCACAAUCCAACCACCAUCGUUCCGACGAUAUUUCCGGCUGUUGCUCCUGAUCACCUGCCCCCGAAGUACUCCAACAUUGACCUUCCGCACAUGCAGUAUCAUGCGGGAUCGCGGCAACCCACUCAACACUACACCCGGUCGAUGCUUGGUCAGCACAGCUUGAUGGGACAGACAGUGGCAACCCACGCUCCCUACUAUGGACUCCUUCCACCACCGCCUAUGGCCGAUAGUGGAAUGUGCUUUGUGUCACCGACAACGAUUAAUGUUUAGGAACUUAUAAUACCAGAAUGUAAUAAGACAGAUAGUGCGUAGUUUUGACCAAGAGCUAGAGGCUUUCAGAUAAGGGGUAAGAGUAGCGAGGGUUAUUGAACUAUUGUGAUAUUGUAUGUUUAGGGAAAUGCAAUGGUUAAAAAACAUAGUUGCUUAAAACAAACGACGAGAAAGAGAAGGAAACAAACUCAUAGAAGGAAAAAAACUCUUU